AUGCUAUCGGGCUGUCAGUGCGCAGGGGCCACCAGGGCUGCCUUCCACCGUUACCAUGGCGACCGCGAGAAAGUGGUUAUGGAUGGGGAAGAGCCUGGAGCGCCGCAGCGGCACACUAUGUGGUUCAAUGGGUCGGGGACCUGCAGACCUGGUGGCACUGCAGGCGGGAAAGCAGGUGUGGACUCGAACGCGGUGGACACUUACGACAGCGGGGAUGAGUGGGACAUCGGUGUGGGGAAUCUAAUCAUCGACCUGGACGCCGAUUUGGAAAAAGAUAAACUAGAGAUGUCCGGCACCAAGGACGGACUAUCGGCACCCGCCAAUGCCGUGGCGUCGCUGCCUGACAACAUUCGCUUCGUCAGCCCAGUGACUCAGGGCAAAGAGAGCAAAUCCAAGUACAAGCGCAGCAAGAACUCCAAAGAGAACAGCAACAAAGCUGCGUCCGCCGACAUGGCCAAGAAGGACGCGGCGGCAAGGACUCAACCGGAGACGAUAGUGGCCGCCAACAACUCGACGUCGAAAGGCGUGGAGAAAACGGCGAAGGCUUCCAGAGGGAUGGUGGGCGGGAAGAAGGACAAGGACACGGGGAAAGGUAAGAAGGAUAAAGGAGACGAGAAGGAGCCUCUUCUUGGGAACAGUCGUGCCUUCGAGAGCGCGCAGUCGGCGGAGCUGCAAGACACUAGUCCGAUGGGGAAUAUUUCACAUGACACGGUUGGGAUUGUACCAGUGCUGAAGGUGGAACAGGACGAAGUGGAAAACGGCGAAUGCAAGACACUGAAGAAAGUCAAGAGUGAAAAGAUGGAGUCUCCGGUCUCCACGCCGGCUCCGCCCCCUCUGCACCUCCUGUCCGCGGGCUCUGAGAUCUCGUCCACGUGCGAGCAGAUCAUGGUGCGCUCGCGGUCGGUGGCGGUGAACACCUCGGACGUGGCUCUGUCCACGGAGCCCGAGUGUCUGGGCCCCUGCGAACCCGGCACCAGCGUCAACCUGGAGGGAAUCGUGUGGCAGGAGACCGAGGAUGGAAUGCUGGUGGUGAACGUCACGUGGAGGAACAAAACCUACGUGGGAACGUUGUUGGACUGCACCCGGCACGACUGGGCCCCCCCCAGGUUCUGCGAGUCUCCCACCAGUGACCUGGAAAUGAGGAAUGGGCGCGGCCGAGGCAAACGCAUGAGGCCCAACCCCAACCCUCCCAUCAACGACAACAGCAACUCCUCGGACAGCAAGGGCGCCGCCAAUAACAACAAAACCCGCGGGGCGUCGAACAGCAAGGGUCGCCGCGGCAGCCAGACCCCAUCGGACCGCCGCACCCCUCCCAACAGCAAUGCCGAGGAGGUCAAGGCCAGCCCGUCCCCCGCCGGAAAGCGUAAGACCAAACCCACCUCAGAUAUGGAACCCAACUCCAGCUCGGAGGACUCCAAAGGCAACAAACGCAUGCGCACCAAUUCCAAUAACGGGGUAGCGCUCGCAGUGCAUUUGCCGAUUAUCAAAGCCGAGCCGCUACCUCCUCUUGUCGACCGGACUUGCCCUUCUCCGGUUCUCAUCGACUGUCCUCAUCCCAACUGCAAUAAAAAGUACAAACACAUCAACGGACUCAAGUAUCACCAAGCCAGAGCGCACAACGAUGACGACGUCAAGUCAGAAUUGGACGGUGAUAGCGAAUAUGGAGAAGAUUCGACGCUGCAUCCCGAACCAGGGAGUUGCAACGGUGCGUCUAUAUCCCAGAAAGGCUGUAUGUCACCAGCACGAUCGGUCACACCGAAGGGGCGAGGGUUCGAGGCUCAAAGCCCUUCGCCCGGCAAGUUCGGAUCCAAGAAAAAGAAAGCUGCGGAUGUCGAAACAGAAGCUAUGGACGGUUGUGAAGACGGGGCGUGUCUAACGGACGAGGCGAGCAAUGAUGGGCUGGAUGACAAACGAGGAGGGAAGAAACCUGGGGGGAAAGCUGAUAAGUUGGCGCAAAAAAACAUGAAAUCGCCGCGCCCAAUACCUCCCGGAUCGCAACAGAUGUAUGCCUUUCCCCCCGGCAAUCCUGCUCCGGCUUCCGUGGUUGCGCCCAUUGUGCAAGGCAUCCCCAAAAGCCCGCCAAUGAAGGGAGCGCCGCCGAAACUGCCAGUUGUAGCCGACUCUCCUUCCAGCAACUCAAAGGACAAGAAAAAGAAGAAGAAAAAGGAGGGUUUGAAGGAGGCAGAGAGCCCUAAGCCGGCGGGAAAGGGAAUCAAAACUGAAGACGGGAAGAUUCCUUUUCCAGAUCCCUGCGAACUAGGAGGAGCAAAAGGAGAUGGGCUUCUUAACGGCUCAUCGGACCCGCACCAGAGUCGGCUGGCGAGCAUAAAAGCCGAAGCCGAUAAGAUUUACAGUUUCUCGGAUAACGCACCCAGUCCGUCCAUUGGCGUGGCGAGCAGGAUUGACGGAGUGCCGCUAACGCCAGGCCAGAACGGGGCCGAUAACGCCUCCGUGAAAACCAACAGCCCCGCUUACUCGGACAUAUCGGACGCUGGGGAAGACGCAGAAGGCAAGUUGGAAGGGGUUAAAAGUAAAACGGACGAGCAGGGCAUUCGGGAAGGUGUCAAAAAGGCUUUGUUUCCCAGCCAACCGUCGAGUAAAGAGUCCCCUUACUACGCCGGAUACGAUGCCUAUUACUCGCCUAAUUACGUCAACCCGAGUCCUGGAGGGCCCAUUCAAGGCUCGCCGGCAGCAGAGGGCCCGGUGAAGUUGAAAAGGGAAGACAACCAAGAGCAAGAACCGAUCGAAGACAAAGUGAAGGUGGAGAUUCUGGAAGACCGCAAACCUGACGUGAUCGCCCCAGGUCAGCCGCCUCAGCCUCAGCCCCAGCCCCAACCUCAGCCCCAACCUCAGCCCCAGCCUCAGCCUCAGCCUCAGCAGCAGCAGCAGCAGCAGCAGCAGCCUUCGGUCAUCCAGCAGAGGUCCAACAUGUACAUGCAGCCGCUGUACUACAACCAGUACGCCUACGUGCCGCCCUACGCCUACCACCCAGACCAGGCCUACCACAACCACCUGCUGAGCACCAACCCGGCCUACCGCCAGCAGUGCGAGGAGCGCCAGAGAAUGAUGGUGGAGCAGCAUCGAGCCAACGAGAAGAAGGACAAGGACAGGGAGUCGUACAGGGAGGCGUCGGUGAAGGAGGAGUGGAAGCAAAAGGUGAAGUCCGAGCAGGGGAAGAGCAAGUCCAGAGACUCUCCGUCAGAGGCCAAGGCCAUGAGCGCUGGUUCCAAAGCAGACGACCCGAAGGCCCCACAGGCAGAUUUGCUCAAGGUGAAGCUGGAGGGAGCCCACCACGGGAAGGACGAGCCCAGGGCGCAGGCGGGGGUGGAGCAGUGGUACAGACAGCAGUUCAAUGAGACCCAGAAGGCAUCCCUGGAGGAGGAGCAGCAGCAGCAGCAGCAGCAGCCUCCGCGGUGGAAGGAGGAGCGCGACAGAGACCGGGACCGAGAGCGGGAACGCAAGCUGAAGGAGGAGCGCAGCCGGCCCAAAGACUGUCCCGGCGCCGCCAAAGACGAGCCCAAAGACGGCGAGCGAGAGGAGCCUCCACGCCCCGUCAAAGACUCCCGGCCGAGCCCACACAUGCAGUACUCUCUGGCCCAGCACCAGGGAUACAUGCCCUACAUGCACGGGUACCCCUACGGACAGGCCUUUGAGCCCAGCCACCCGGGCUACAGGGGCGUGCCCUCUGUCAUGGUGCCCAACUACCCAGGGUCCUACCUUCCCGGAGCUUACCCCUUUUCCCCGUACGCUGGUAAAAUAGUGAGCGGCGAGGAGGGCAGCGAGAAGUCUGGAGCCAGCCCCACGGUGACCAAAGCGGCGGACUCUAAAGCACUGGACAUCCUGCACCAGCACGCCACCCAGUACAAGAGCAAGUCGCCCACAGUGGGGGACAAGGCGGGGCACGAGCGGGGGGACCGGGACACUGAGCGAGGGGACCGGGACAUGGACAGGCCGCGCUCCUCCCCCUCGCAGCGCAUGGUCCCCUCGCACCACCACCUGGGAUACCCCCUGCUGUCGGCCCAGUACGACCUCUCCUACUCCACAGGGAAACCUGACCGCCACACCUCAACCCUGCAGAGAUUCAUGUGA